GGUGCGCUGCAUUUCUGGAACGGUUUGCUUUUUUCAGCAGCCUCGAGCGCGUCUCAGCCAAUCAGAGCGAAGAACCGGCCCCCCACAUCGCCCCUCCGCACAUACAGAGCUGUAAUUGGCUGAUCCGCAAAUCAAUUUCCCCAUCCGCUACUCUCUCUGAAUAAAUACUUGUUGGAAAUCUGCCCUCCCACUGGUGUCUCGGCGUAGUGUCAUUCACCGAUCACACACACAGGGGCUGCAUUUAAGCCUGGGAGAUUUGGGGGGAAGAGACAGAGCUGAUGCAGGCUUAAAGGCAGGAAAAUCCAAAAAAACAAACUAACAUCAUGAGUAUGAACUACGCGUCGGCGGCGCCCACGCAGAGGUCGACGUCGUUUUUCAUUGAGGACAUCUUAUUGCACAAACCCAAGCCGCUGAGAGAGGUCAUUCCGUCACCGUUCUGUAGCUCCCUGGCCUCCCGGAUGCCCAUUCUGGAGUAUGGAUAUCCGCUGAUGCCAACCCCAAUCCUGGCGCCACAUCCGCACCAUCCUCUCCACAAGCCGGAGCAUCACCAGUACUUCUUCACAUCUGGGAUGCAGAUGCCGGCCUUGUUCCAGCACCACGCGGAAUUACCGGGGAAGCACUGCAGACGCAGGAAGGCCCGGACGGUUUUUUCCGACUCGCAGCUGUCCGGCCUGGAGAAGAGGUUCGAAAUCCAGCGGUACCUGUCCACGCCGGAGAGAGUGGAGCUGGCCACGGCGCUCAGCCUGUCCGAAACACAGGUAAAAACGUGGUUUCAGAACCGGCGGAUGAAGCACAAGAAGCAGCUGAGGAAGGCGCAGGACGAGCGGAAGACCCCCGGGGAUCUGGAGAGGUCCGCGGACAACUCCAGCGAGAGCGAACUGAACGAUAAGAGCGCGGAGGAGCUGAAGCACGGCCUGGAGCCGGACUCGUACAUGCUGGAGGAGAACGACGAUGAUGUGGAUAUCGAGGACGACAUUUGCUCCCCGGACCAUCUACUAUAGUAGGCUGCAGAGUUGUUUUCUAAGCAGCGACUUUUACACUGUAAAUGUACUGUAGAUACCACUGACUGUCUUUCCCUUCUAUUCCACAUAUAAAUUAGCCUACUGUUUAAAAAUAAUGUGGACGGGGGGCCACGCAAAGUGGGCCCAUUGAUUUUCUACAGUUGCCCUUUUUUCUCUGUGUAGGCCUAUAGGCUAUGAGACUUUCCUAUUGUCAUGCCUGGCGAGAUACA